AUGUCUAGUGUGGGCACAGAGACGGAUGACUCGCUGUACGACCUGCUGGUUGAGGUACAGUUGGAGCAGUUCCUGGACGCCAUCCAAGCCAUUCACGUGACUCUCGUGGACCACUUCGACAAAGUGAUUAUCUCCGACCUGACGGACCCCAGGGUAGGGAUGGGCGCACCGGCAGCUCGAAGGCUCAUCGCGGCCGCCAAGACCAGGAUUAGGGACCGCAAGAGGAAACACAUCCUGAAUCUGAUUCUUCCCAAGUCAUCCAUCUCGUCGUCCACUCAUUCAUCUAAACGCACCGCUCAUGCGGUGAACCCAAGAAGGAAUUCAUUGACAUCCACCUCAUCUGCCAAUGGGUUGACGUGUUUGAUACAAAGCAAAGACAUCAAGACAUAUAACAAAUUAGGUGACGGGUCCUUUGGGGUUGUAUUGAGAGGUGAGUGGACUCUAACAGAUGGUAAGACCAAAGAGGUUGCGGUCAAAGUGUUAAAGCAAGAAGUGUUGGCACAACCGACAGCUUUGGAGGACUUUGAGAAAGAAGUGAAUGCAAUGCAUCAGUUGAGUCACCACAACCUGAUCCGACUGUAUGGCAUAGUAUUAUCAUCACCGAUGAUGAUGGUCACAGAGCUCGCGAGUAAAGGCUCUCUAAGGGAUCGACUACGCAAAGAGUGCGGACACACAUCGAUAUCAACACUCAUUGAAUACGCGAUACAAAUAUCUCAAGGAAUGGCUUAUUUG